AUGGGCUUGGAAAAAGGCUUCGAGGAGCAUCAUAUGAUUGACCCAGCUUUGGACGUGAACCAGUACCAAGUUCCUUCCGUCCGCUCGCUGACGUGGGAGGUAGACUCCAAUGAAGGGGGUCCUAGUAUGCCUAGGAGCGGCAUCACUAGACCUAUUGCAGCCCUAAUAAGAGAAGAUGGUGUGGAGGACAAGCCUAUUUCAGUACGAGACAUACUCGAGCAUGCUAAGCUCGACAUCAGCUUCCUAGACGUGUUAUCCUGGAGCCCAUCUAUUUGCCAGGAGGUCAAGCGCCUCUCCACUAGACGUUCUGCCAAGAAUCCCAAGUCUACUAACUCAGCUAAGCGAUCGAAGCUGGAUCCAAGCCUCCAUCAGCACAGCAAACUCGCCAUUCUCAUUGGCCUUGCAGGUCAGCAACAUAGGACCAGCCACAGAAGCUCGACAAUGCACCAGAAUGUUGUUCUUGCCUACAAAGGAUGA